AUGGAAAAUAUGGAAAUGGGCGAUGAGGUUUGUCCCUGGCUAACACGUACUUGGCAAUCCCAGUUUCCUCACUAUGUACUUCUGGGACCUGAAAGUGGAGAAGAGGCCCUUCGCAUCAAAGUCAAAGCGAAGGCCCCUUUCUCCUGGUACAACAUGCAGAGGGAUGACAACCCCAAGAGCAAGAACUUCAAGAGUACAGUUACUGCUCCAUCUGGCCAGUCUGAAGAGCCAGUUGUGGUAGUGACUUCAGCUGAGCCUACCUCAACUUCCACUGCUACCCCUCCUGGUCCAUCCACCUCAGCGGACCCAGAGAUUCCAUCUUCCCAGGCCCAUCCUAUUACUGCCCACCUACUAAGCCAGGCACUUCUGAGUAUCAACAACUGGAUGCAGACUGCCUCAUCCAAGUUGUCCAUCCUGACUACCAUGAAGAAAAUCCUCGACACUCAGAAGGUGCUCACAGAUGCAGUUGCUUCACACAGCCAGUCUCUCAAGGAGCUUGCUAGAGAGCACAAGAAAUUGAGGAUGAUGCAGGCUUCCAAGGAGUCCGUGAAGGUGCUGAGGGUUGAUGUUGACCGGUUGAAGGAAGACCAGCUGCCUUUGGACUUAUUGCUCGAUGAUCCUAUGCCAACAGCUCAUCCCUAG